AUGGCACUUGCAACGACUGCAGCCAUCGCGGCCGGCGGAUGGGCCGCUGCAGCAUACUUCGAUGCUAAGUUCCAUUUCCGGAAAGAUAUCCAAGGUCUUUUGCGCAUGAAACAGGGAGAAAAAGAGGUGGCACGAGUGGUCAAGGAGGACAAAGUCAGCCUCUUCUACGUCCUUGAAGAAACAUGCAAGAAGCGUUGGGACGAGGAGGCCAUUUGGUCACGAGAAGGUAGUUAUACAUAUGGUCAGCUUUACGAAAACACCCUUCGAUACGCCCAGUACAUGAUCGACCAAGGCAUCAAACCCAAGGAGUUGGUUGCCAUGUACCUAACCAAUUCCCCUCAUUUCAUGUUUGUCUGGUUCGCCACCAUGGUCAUUGGUGCCGCCCCAGCCUUCAUCAACUAUAAUCUCGAGGGCAAGGCACUGUUACACUGCCUGGACGUCUGCGAAACCAAGCUCAUCCUUGUCGAUGCCGACCAAGGCUGCCAACAAAGAAUCCGUGGCAGUCAGAGCGAAAUAGAAGCAAAGGGAAUGAAGAUUGCAAUCCUUGACGAGUCUCUCAAGCGUGACAUCCUGUCGAAACCCGCUCAGAGACCAGGUAACGAAUGGCGUGAUGGAACCAAGGCCAGCUUCCCAUGGGCUUUGAUCUACACGAGUGGUACAACAGGACUCCCCAAGGGCUGUGCAUUCACAUUGCAAAGAAUUUAUGCGAUGUGUGGGCAUUCGACACCAAUCUGUGACGGGAUUCAAGGCCAGGAUCGCUGGUACAACUCGAUGCCACUGUACCACGGAACUGGUGCCAUUACCUCGGGUUGCUGCCUUUUACAAGGCGUCAGCAUCGCGAUCGCGCCGAAAUUCUCCGUAUCCCGAUUCUGGAACGAUAUUCACGACUCCAAAUCCACUUCCUUCAUCUAUGUGGGCGAAACUGCACGCUAUCUUCUCAAUGCCCCUCCUCAUCCUCUCGAAAGAGACCACAAUCUUCGUUUGGCGUACGGAAAUGGACUACGACCUGACGUGUGGGAGAGGUUUCAGACUAGGUUCAAUGUUCCUGAGAUUGGCGAAUUCUUCAAUUCAACUGAAGGUAUUUUUGCCUUGCUAAACUAUGAUCGAGGACCAUACCUCAAAGCUUGCGUCGGUCAUCACGGCUGGCUCUUCCGCCGGUUGUUGCACAAUGUCUAUAUCCCAGUCAAGAUCGACCACGAAACUGGAGAUAUCUGGAGAGAUCCAAAGACGGGUUUCGCACAAAGAACCCCAUACGAGGAAGGGGGAGAGCUUAUUGUGGCGAUUCCUAGUAAAGAUGCCUUCCAGGGAUACUGGCGAGCCCAGGCAGCGACGGAUAAAAAGUACGUCAUGGAUGUAUUCAAGAAGGGAGACCUUUACUACCGGUCGGGCGACGCUCUACGAAGAGACGAGGAAGGAAGGUGGCACUUCCUAGAUCGGCUCGGGGAUACGUUCCGCUGGAAAUCUGAGAACGUCUCUACCGCUGAGGUGGCAUUGACCAUUGGGCAGUAUCCCGGAAUAGCUGAAGCUAAUGUCUACGGGGUACUGGUGCCGAAUCAUGAGGGGCGAGCUGGAUGUGCGGCAAUUCAUCUUGAUCCCAACCACAGUGGGCCAGCGGUUGACUACAACGACCUGUUGAGAUAUACGCGAGAACAAUUACCUCGAUAUGCGGUGCCGGUGUUUCUGAGGAUCGUGAAGGAGAGCUCGCACAUCCACAACCACAAGCAAAACAAAGUCCCUCUGCGUAAAGAAGGCGUCGACCCUCGACUGAUUGGCACUGAAGCACCCGAAGGGAAGGAAGACAUGUUUCUUUGGCUACCUCCAAAGUCGGACCGGUAUGUCCCAUUCACAGCUCAGGACUGGGAAUCCUUGUCGGCUGGUCAAGCUCGAUUAUAAUCUCGUCGAGUUCUCGUCGACGGUACCCCAUUUUCAUUGAGAGGUCAAUGAGGUCCACUGGGAGCUGGAAUACUGGGAGAUGGACGCGAUUGUAUGAAAUCAGUAGUAGAUGACGGUGAAGAUACAAUCAAUAGUACCUGGUACCAUUUACUAUUUACUGUCCCA